GUUCUGUGGGUCUAUUUUGUUGGAACUGCCAAAUCUGUUGGUAGUCAGUUGUGUUUGUCAGUUCUGUGGGUCUAUUUUGUUGGAACUGCCAAGUCUGUUGGUGGUCAGUUGUGUUUGUCAGUUCUGUGGGUCUAUUUUGUUGGAACUGCCAAGUCUGUUGGUAGUCAGUUGUGUUUGUCAGUUCUGUGGGUCUAUUUUGUUGGAACUGCCAAGUCUUGUUUGUCACUACUGUGGGUCUAUUUUGUUGGAACUACCAAGUCAGUUGGUGGUCAGUUGUGUUUGUCAGUUCUGUGUGUCUAUUUUGUUGGAACUGCCAAGUCUGUUGGUGGUCAGUUGUGUUUGUCAGUUCUGUGGGUCUUUUUUGUUGGAACUGCCAAGUCUGUUGGUGGUCAGUUGUGUUUGUCAGUAUUGUGGGUCUAUUUUGUUGGAACUGCCAAGUCUGUUGGUGGUCAGUUGUGUUUGUCAGUUCUGUGGGUCUAUUUUCUUGGAAUUGCCAAGUCAGUUGGUGGUCAGUUGUGUUUGUCAAUUCUGUGGGUCUAUUUUGUUGGAACUGCCAAGUCUGUUGGUGGUCAGUUGUGUUUGUCAGUUCUGUGGGUCUAUGUUGUUGGAACUACCAAGUCUGUUGGUGGUCAGUUGUGUUUGUCAGUUCUGUGGGUCUUUUUUGUUGAAACUGUCAAGUCUGUUGGUGGUCAGUUGUGUUUGUCAGUACUGUGGGUCUAUUUUGUUGAAACUGCCAAGUAUGUUGGUAGUCAGUUGUGUUUGUCAGUACUGUGGGUCUAUUUUGUAGGAACUGCCAAGUAUGUUGGUGGUCAGUUGUGUUUGUCAGUUCUGUGGGUCUAUUUUGUUGAAACUGCCAAGUCUGUUGGUGGUCAGUUGUGUUUGUCAGUUCUAUAG